AGACCGUUUGGUUGGUUGGUUUUGGUUCUUCAGUUCGUUUUUUGAUUAUUUUCGGACGGUUUUUGAAAUUUCACGAAACAACGGCAAAAUCAUACAUAUAAAGCAGAAAUCCAUUAUAUAAACAAGAUCUACAACACCUUAAUGCACGUACACACAUGCACACGUGCAAUAUAUAUGUACAUAUACGUUCACGUAUGUAGGUGUAGAAACAGUUACUAUAAAUAGCCAACGGAAAUCGAUAAAUAAAUAAAGCGCUAAAGUAAAAGUUCUAUCUCCUCCUCCACACCAUACACCAUACACCCACACACCCACAACAAGAGAAGAAAUUCUAAUUGCGACUUUGCAAAAAAAAAGUUUGACGGUGAAAUAAAUGCAUAUUUGAAUAUUUGAGUAUAAUGCCGAUCCUCAGUCAUUUUUGGCUCUAACUGUGAACACGAACACACAAACACUUUGCCGCAAAAAAAAAAGAGUUAAAACAAUUAAAAUUGCUUGCACUGAGAUGUUUGCGCGAUGUUUAUUCCUGACCUUGUUCGUGGCGGUCAUGGCGGCGGCCGGCAAGAGUGACGAUCAGUCCAAGGAGCGGCGACUGGAGCAGACACUGAAACUGUCUGCGUGCGCCGCCAAGCUGGGCGAGUGCGAUGAGAGCGAGGGUCCUGUCUGCGGCACCGAUGGCCAGACCUAUCACACGCGCUGUCACCUGCUCCGGGUGCAGUGCAGCGGCCAUCCGGUGAGCCUCAAGUACCGUGGUUCGUGCAACGGCUGCCUGGAGGCUGCCCAAUACGCGCGUCGCCAGCAGGCACGCGAUCCCAAGUAUUUUGUGCCGCGCUGUCGCAAGGACGGAAACUAUGCUGCCAGGCAGUGCUACGGAGAGGCUGGAUGCUGGUGCAGUGACAGCAUGGGCCGUCCAAUUGAGGACACCUCCACCUCGUCGCGCCGCAGAAAGCCCAAGUGCCGGGCCUACAGGCGCAACCGUCGCCGCUUGCCCACGCGGCAGAUCAGCUACGAUGAAGACUCUGCCAGAGGCAGUGCUGAAGCAAGCAGCAGUGGGAGCGGAACAGCUGCUCAUCGUCAAUGUGGCAAGGCGGAUCGCACGGCUUUCAACAGGAAUCUGAUCGAGGUGUUCCGCAGCGAGUACUUGCGCUUUGGCCCCAAAGAGACCCACUCGGACGCCGUCAUCUUGGACUGGAAGUUUACCAGGCUGGAUGCGGAUGGCAACCAGUUGCUGGACAGGCAAGAAGUACGCGAGCUGAAGAAGCUCCUCAAGCGGGCGGUGAAGCCGCGACGCUGUGGACGUGCUUUUGGCAAGUACUGUGAUGUCGUCAACAAAGACGACAACCUGUCCCGCAUCGAGUGGAGUCUUUGCCUGUUCAAAGAUUCGCAUAAUCGUAGUGGCGCAGUUGAUGUCCCCAAUGGCAGCUUAGCCACGGCACCGCCACACGACAUGCACUAUCAUAUUCACACCACAAAUUCGAAUAGCAACAACCACGAUCAUACCAACACCAAUAUCAUCGGCAGCAGCAGUCCGCACUCGUACUCGGAGGAUCUGGGCGUUGGAAGCGAGGACAAUGAUGAGAACUACGACGAUGGUGCGACCGGGUAUGGCAAUGGGAACGGCGAGGAUGAGGACGAAUCGGACGCCUCGAGCAUGCACCAUUCACGCACAUCUCUGAACUAUCCGUCACUAAUUAUGCUGAACUCAAAGACGCCGGAAUCGACAAACACCGAGAAUGAGGGCGAGUCCAACUGCUGGGUGGAUCAGGCGGUGGCACUGGAGGAACAAGGCCACGGUGGCAAGAGCAGGUUCUAUGUGCCCGAGUGCAUGCCCGAUGGACGCUAUCAGCGAAUCCAGUGCUACAGCUCCACCCCAUACUGCUGGUGUGUGAACGAGGACACGGGCAAAAACAUUCCGGGCACUUGGGUAAAGAACAAGCCGCCCCAGUGCGAUGAGGACAUCGUCGUGCGACCCAUGAAGGGAUGCACUGAGCCGCGCAAAACGCAGUUCCUCAAGGAGCUCAAGGCAUACCUCAACACGCAGCUCUCUCUGCCCAGCAGUCCAACGAGCACCAACUCGACCAUGUGGAAAACGGAAGACGAACGGAUUGCCACGCUGAGCUUUGUGUAUCUGGAUAAGAACAAAAACAAGUCGUGGGAGCGCAGAGAAUGGAAAGUGUUCCGGGAUCUGGUCACCAGUGCCAGCAAUUUACGGAGAUGUGGCAAGAAGAUGCCGCGCUACUGUGAUGUGAAUGGUGAUAAGAAGAUCUCGUUGGCCGAGUGGCUCAAUUGCCUGCAAUCCUCCCCACGGGCGCAGAGUGCCACCACAGCUAAGCCGGCACAGUCAAAUGAGACAGCCAAUCCGAAACGCCAGGGAUUAAAUCCGCUGGAGAAAUAUCUUAAAGAUUAGUUUGGGAGAAUGGUUUUUGUUCUUUUUGCUGCUACUGCUACUCAUUAGAUGUCGUCGUGCCAUGCCACACACCCACACAUCAACACACACCCUACACCCUAAACCCUACACCCUACACCAACACACAGACACAUUCCUAGCAUAUAGAUUCUACGAUUUACAAGUGUAUGUUACUAAUUCUUAAUUAGUAUUGUAAAUAUUGACAUAAAUGCUUAAGUUAAA